UUCCUGGGCAGGGCCCGGCAGGGAUUCGAGCGCGGAGAGCGCGACGGCAACCGGCGGCGUCUGGGACACAUCUUCAACAGGGUGGAUAUAAAUAAAGAUAAAAAAAUCAGUGCCAAGGAAAUGCAACGUUGGAUCAUGGAAAAAACUGAUGAGCAUUUCCAGGAGGCCGUGGAGGAAAAUAAAAUUCAUUUUAAAGCUGUGGAUCCCGAUGGGGAUGGUCACGUGUCAUGGGAUGAAUAUAAAAUAAAAUUCUUGGCAAGCAAAGGCUUCAAUGAGAAGGAAAUUGCAGAGAAAAUCAAAAAUAACGAGGAAUUAAAAAUUGAUGAGGAAAGUAAGUGCAGGCUGCUGCUGAGCGAGCAGGAAUUCCUGAGCUUCCUGCACCCCGAGCACAGCCGGGGAAUGCUGCACUUCAUGGUGCAGGAGAUCAUCCGGGACCUGGGUAAUCCUGCUUUUUAUGGGAUUUGUGCCCAUGAAUUCCUGGUUUUAUGUGGAUUUAUUGGGAGGGUUUGCACAGCCAUGGCUGCUGCACUUCAUGGUGCAGGAGAUCAUCCGGGACCUGGUCAGGAAUACAUGGAUCCCAUGAACGAGCACAACGCUCUGAACGAGGCGCGGCAAAUGAUCGCCGUGGCCGACGAGAACCAGAACCACCAGCUGGAGCUGGACGAGAUCCUCAAAUACAGCGAAUAUUUCACGGGCAGCAAACUCAUGGAUUAUGCCCGUAACGUCCACGAGGAGUUCUGAGCUUCCUCUCCUCAUCCUCAUCAUCAUC